AUGGUGGUUCCUGUGGCUGCACUUGGCUUCUUUUCUGCCAUACUGUUUGGGAUCUUUAUUUUUUGGAAGUUUUAUGGCAAGAUUUCUAAGACUGGCGGGUCACGUCCUCGAAUGCGCCCUGCUGCUACUGCUGGUGGCGUACGACGUCGCGCUGGGCAGCGUCGUGUAGCCACUCGUAUGAGAGAUGCUUCACAUUCUGAAGAAGAAGAAAGAGUUGCCGAGAAUUUAGUAGAAAAUCCGGAUGCACAAACAUCAGAUGAUGAUCAAACUCAGUCGAAAGAUACACCAAAGAAAAAAAUUGGUGCAAAGAAAGCAGCGAAAUUGGCUGAAAAGGAACGUCGCAAAGAAGAACGAGAAGCUGAGGAACGCUAUCGUGAACACCAACGGAAAAUAGAAGACAAGGAAAUUGAGAAACGCAAAAAAGAGGAAGAAGCAGAAGAGAGGGCUGCAGCAGCUGCAGCGGCUGCUGAAGCUAAGCGUCUUGAAGAGGAAGCAGCACGUGAACAAGCUGAAUAUGAGCGUUUGAAACAAGAAUUCAGUAUUGAAGAAGAGGGCGUCGAUGCUGUACAACAAGAUAAUCAGGCAGAGAAUUUGAUCAACUCGCAACUUAUUGCAGCUAUUGAAGAGGCGAAAAUCAUUCCAAUCGAGCAUUUGGCAGUUAAUUUAGGCCUUAAAACUGAAGUUUGUGUAGAAAAAAUCAAAUCAUUAAUGUCAUCGGGUCGUCUAAGCGGUGUAUUGGAUGAUCGUGGCAAAUUUGUUCAUAUUACCGAUGAGGAAUACGAAGCUGUUGCUGAAUUCAUCGAGAAACGUGGUCGUAUCACACUGGCAGAGUUAGUCGAAAAUGGACAUAAAUUAAUUCAUACAGGACCGCAUAGUUUAAGAGAAUAA